AUGACAAGAGAACCAUACCAUGUAAAAGAAUUUAAGUAUGAUGAGUUCCUUGACCUGAAGCACCUUGCAGGUGAGAUUAUGAAAAAUAGAACGAAAGAUGAGAAAGGAAAACAAGUUCAAUGGUUGAAGAUAAAGCGGAUAAAAUAUGUUAAAGGGGAGGACAGAAAAAUUUAUUUCAACUAUGACAUGAGCGACGAAUUUAACGUAAUGGAUAUUGGAGACAAUCCAUCAACUUUCCAAUUAGAUGGCGCGCAGAAUCACAACUAUUCAACAAGGAAGAAGAAACGACUUACUGAAAAUGAUUUACCUGUAAGUUAUCGAUUUCCAGAUCAAUUAAACUGCCUUUAUAAAGAGCCACUUAAAAUAAGCGCGGCCAAGAAAAAAGAUCUUUUAAAUCUAUGUAGGAAAGGCAUCAUACCAGAGGAAGUUCACGGUUGGUUUAAAAAUUUAAAUGUUGACAGUCAAGCUAUUGAUAAAUUGCCAGAACCAGCAGUAGAUGAAACUGUAAGUGGAGAAGAAGAGUGA